AUGAACGACGAAAUAUGGGAGUUCACUCCCACUGAGACGAAGCGAAUAAUGAGUGUUCUUUCGUUUCUUCGUGACUGCGGGUGUCCUUACAUUGGCCGUCCUGUUGUACGGGUAUAUGAGGAGGAGAGUCAAAAAAAUAUAGACACGAGGUGUACAACAGAAUCACCUCGUCGGAUCAUCCUUUCAUACCCUUCUCCUGUACGAAAACUGACGCUACACCAGUAUCUACAACUAGAAGAAAGCCGUCGCUACGAAGUUAAGGUGGGAUUAGCGUAUCAACUUGUUCAGGCGGUUGCUUAUCUUCACAAGUGUGGUGUUAGUCACCAGUUCCUGUCUUCUGAUGCUGUUGCGGUGGAGUUAGGUCCAGAACCGAUAAUUAAAAUCACAAAUUUCUACAGUUGCACCACUAGUUUUUCCAACUAUAGUGGUUCUUACAUUUGUGUAAGGAAGUACCGCCCUCCAGAGGUUGUACUUCAGCUCAGUGGAAUUAAACCCAACGCGGUAGACUGCUGGGCGUUAGGUUGUCUUUUAUUUGAGGUCUAUACCGGAACCGCCGCCUUCUCAUUAGAACGGGGUGAAGGGACCUUUCGACCUCAACUCAUUAAACAACAGCUAGAGGAGGCGGUAAAGGGAAUUGGCCGCCUGGACAAGGAUGACAUCCCGCCAGGAUGCCCAGAGCGUGUAUCGCAAUAUCUUUUGAGUCUUGACUGCGAAUCCUCUAUCUUCUCUCGUCUACAGUUGGCGGGACCAGAAGAAGAAGCUAAACUCUGGAUUUCAUUAGUGAUGCCGUUUCUCAAGUUUAACUACCUCUUAAGAGCAGAGGCUGAUGAAUUGCUGCAGCACAAGGUUUUCGCAGGACUGCCGCCACCUGUUAACUGGCAUAUACCUACCGAAGUGGCGUCAGAACUGGAAGAUCUAUUGGAUUGA